AUGCCGCCCCCGCCGCCCCCGCCGCCCCCCGGCCGCUCCUUCGGCAUCGCGGCGCUGCUGGGCCGGGACCCCCCCGGGGCUGCCCCCGGCCCCUCCGGUCUGGAGUUGUCUCACUGUGUCGGGACCAACCCUCUGGGUCCUGCUGGGCCUUGGAGGUCGGGGGGGCCCUGCAAGAUGAAGAGAGUCCGUACGGUCUUCAAACCAGAGCAGCUGGAGCGGCUGGAGCAGGAGUUCCUCAAGCAGCAGUACAUGGUGGGCACAGAGAGGGUGGACCUGGCUGCAACCCUGCAUCUCACGGAGACCCAGGUCAAAGUCUGGUUCCAGAACCGGAGGAUCAAGUGGAGGAAGCAGAGCAUGGAGCAGAAGGCGGCGAAGCUGUCACAGUUCGGGGUGAUCCAGCCUGCGAGCGCCGACUCCACCGACAGCAAGGACCGUGAGGAGGACGCCGUGGACGUGGAGCUUUGA